CUUCCCGUUCGUUGGUCCUUUUAUUUCCUCAAAAUUACGAAUGGCAACCCCGGCCAUCGGUGAGGACGGCGGAAACAGAGCUGCGUUCACCGCGUAGAAACAACACUGAACAUGGAGAUGCAAUCAUCAACAGCCUGCUUUUCUCGCUUACUGCUUUUCUUUUUGGUCGAACUCGUUCCCUGAAAGAUAGAGUAAGGGAUCUAGCUCGAGGUCCAUGGCUUCGGUAGAGGCUCCGGGCUGCUGUAGCACCAUUUGGCGCCCUUCUGCUAUAAAGCCAGCUUUCGAGAUAAGCGAGAAUCGCAAAAGAAGCAGCGGCUCCGCCCAAAUCCUAGUAUUACACCGUAUCGCUCGCCGCCGAAGAGGAAGAUUAUGCUUGCACUUAUUCUCUUCGCCUUUAUUUUCUUCACCCCACAUAAACUUCUUAAGCGGAAGUGGUAGAGGCAUAACAAUGGGAGUAGGACGAAGAGGUAGGCCGAUGAACACGGCAGAAGAUGAGGAGCAAGAAGGUAGGGGUUAUGGCGGUGAGAGGGAGGAAGUGGACCCGAAAGAUAUAGCAGGUGGAAGAGAAGAUGCGUGCGAGCUGGAGAAAGGAUCCCGUGGAAUAGUUUCCACCAUCGAAGAAGCAUUACCUACCAAGGAUUUGGUGACGCUUGCUUCUUGCGUCGUCGGCCUCCUCACUGGCGUCGCGGUCGUCCUCUUUAAUCAAAUCGUGCAUGAAAUACGUGAUUUUUCCUGGGAUGGUAUACCCUCUCGAGGUGCAUCGUGGCUGAGAGAGGAGCCCAUUGAAGCCGUUUGGCUGAGAGUUUUACUCGUUCCUGCUUGUGGAGGUGUUAUUGUUGGCAUGUUGAACAGCUUGCACAGUUAUCUGGAAAAUCCAUCCGAGAGAAAUGGGACUGCCAAUAUAAGGGGUGCUCUAGCUUCAUUUGUCAAGACAAUAGCUGCUUCUGUCACCCUUGGGACUGGAAAUUCGUUGGGGCCUGAGGGUCCCAGUGUAGAGAUUGGCUCUUCUAUAGCAAAGGGUGUUAGCAAUGUAUUCAAGUGGAAUGGUGGACAAAGUUUGUCAAUUGUUGCUGCCGGAGCUGCUGCUGGAAUCUCAUCAGGGUUUAAUGCUGCUGUUUCUGGAUGCUUUUUUGCUGUGGAGUCAGUCCUUUGGCCAUCUACUUCAGAUUCAUUCUCGUCCUUGACAAAUUCAACUUCGAUGGUCAUACUCAGUUCUGUUAUAGCAUCCAUUAUUUCAGAAGUAGGUCUUGGUUCAGAUCCAACUUUCACUGUUCCAGAAUAUGAUUUCCGUUCUCCAAGUGAACUUCCCUUGUAUCUUUUGCUGGGUGUCUUGUGCGGCUUGGUGUCAUUGGCCCUCUCUAGGUGCACAUCAUUUGCGCUGAGCGUUGCUGACAACCUUCAGAAGGCAAUAGGAUUUCAGAAGGCUCUAUUUCCUGCUUUUGGUGGCCUAACUGUUGGUUUGAUUGCCUUAGCAUAUCCUGAAGUCCUUUACUGGGGAUUUCAGAAUGUUGACAUUUUACUGGAAUCAAGACCUUCUGCUGAUGUUUUGUUUCAAUUGGUCGGGGUAAAAAUAGUAGCAACAUCCAUAAGCCGUGCUUCAGGACUGGUUGGAGGAUAUUAUGCACCGUCUCUUUUUAUUGGAGCAGCAACAGGAAUGGCGUACGGGAAGUUUGUGGGCCCUGCAUUUUUGGGACCCAAUGCAAUAUUUCAUCUUCCUAUCAUAGAUGUUGCAUCCCCUCAAGCAUAUGGUCUGGUCGGUAUGGGAGCUACCCUUGCAGGUGUUUGCCAGGUUCCUUUAACAUCAGUUCUUCUUCUGUUUGAGCUAACUCAGGACUAUCGGAUAGUUCUGCCACUGCUUGGAGCAGUGGGCUUAUCGUCUUGGAUUGCCUCUAGUCAAAAUAGAAGAAAAGUUUAUGAAGAUGGAUCAGAUCAUGUUGAAGGUGAUCGUAAUGAACUUGAAGGUUCCCUAAAUGGAGGCAAGGAAUUUGAUUAUUCUGGAGUUACUACUGAAUUGCUUCAAAGUAGUGAUUUAUGCGAGCUUGAGAGCUCCCUCUGUGUAUAUGAUCAUGUCACUCUUACGAAUGGCUUAGCUGAGAGGCUUACUGUUGCACAGGCUAUGAGAACUAGAUACAUAACUGUCCAGAUGAGCACCAAAAUUAGUGAGGCCAUCGAAUUGAUGUACAAAGAGAAGGAGUCGUGUGCACUAAUAACUAAUAGCAGCCAUUUUCUUCUUGGACAGUUGUCACUUGAAGACAUUCAGGAAUAUAGCAGGCUCGCACGAGCUAAUGGAAAUACUGAAGUUGACAAAAUGCAAAUAUCUGAGAUCUUCCAAACUGAAGAGAAUACGCAGCGUGUAUGGAGUGCAUCACCAAACAUGAGACUUGGUGCUGCUGAAAGGAUCAUGGAGUUGCAUGGAUUGAAGCUGCUUCCUGUGGUUUCACAGAUAAUUGAUGGCCAAAAUAGAGGACCCUUGAUUGGCUUGCUGGACAGAGAAUCUAUAAGAAUCAGCUGCAGAACUUUGGCAAUGACACUGCUUUUCAGUUCAUCAUCUAUGGGCAACCGUCAAGACUACUGAGUUGAACCUAAGAUAAGCUCGAUAAGCUGUUGAUUGCGAAAUGUAUAUAUAGCAUUUAAUGCAAGAUACUGCUUACUGUUUUUAGGAUUUCUUCUUUACAAUGGCAGAAUGCAGAUUUUUGAACAACCAUGUACAAGAAUAUUCGAAACUGUAAUUACGAGCUCUGCGCCGAGCAGCUGAACAAAUCAUUUGUAAACUAUGUUUCGUGCAAUAAUUUUGAUGAAACAGCACUAUGAAUGGCGCAGCAUAAAGGUUUUCAUCUUAAAGAUUUGAAGCAAUAAUUCGGCCAUUUUGAAGCAAUAAUUCGGCAAUAAGUCCUUUGGUAUCUUUUAUGCUAAGCUGUAGACAGUGGUGUGUUGUGGGUCUACUGAUGGACGCACCAUGCUGUAUUACCUCUGAAAAUUAUGUUGGUGCAUAGGGAUGUAAAUAGUCAAGCUCAUGCCACUUUUAGUUUAAACUUAUGCUUCAUUCAUUAAUUA